AGAAGAAAUAAAAAAUACAAUAAAUACACGCGGAAUUCAUCCAAAGCUUAUUGGAUUUCUUGCUAAUCAAGAUCCUGCGGCUUUCAAAUACGCGGAAGCUACGGCAAAGACUUGUGCCGAAACAGGAGUGAAAUUUGAAUUGAGGAAAUUUUUUGGAGAUCGUCAAGAUCAAUAUCUUCAGAAUGUUGUUUCUUCAACUAAAGACGUCGAAGGGUUAUGCCACAAAUAUAUAUAUAACAUGUAUCACAACGUUCGAUUUCUUGACAAGGAACAAACCAAAAAAUGUAUCAUCCCUUGCACGCCUUUAGCUAUAAUCAAGGUAUUGGAAUAUGUUGGUGUAUACAAUCCAAUUAUCGCAUAUGGAAAUCGUUUGCAUGGUCGUGUGAUUACCGUAGUAAAUAGAAGUGAAAUCGUUGGACGUCCUCUUGCUGCUUUAUUGGCCAAUGACGGUGGAAAA